AUUUUGUUUUCAGAUUUCAUUAUAGGAGGUCUAGGGGGAUUUGGAAUAACAGCUGGAGCCCACAGAUAUUUUACUCACAGAUCGUUCAAAGCCAAGCUACCUUUGAAGAUUAUCCUGUUGAUGUGCUACAGCAUAGCAGGCCAGAACUCACUAGUAGACUGGGUCAGAGACCACAGAGUGCACCACAAAUACAAAGGUAUUUUUGCAUUUUCAUAUCUUGUAUACUUUUACUUUUCCAGGAGAAUUUUUCCAGCUGAAAACCUGGCUGUGUCCCUUUUCGCCAUGGGUGAGGGAUACCACAACUACCAUCACACCUUCCCGUGGGACUAUAGAACUGCUGAACUGGGUAAACUAUUGAACGUGACCACGUUUUGGCUUAACUUUUUCGAAAAAAUAGGCUGGGCGUACGACAUGAAGACCCCUUCCCAAUCGCUGAUCGAAAAGGUAGUGAAAAAUCACGGAGAUGGUUCCCACUACAGAUGGGGGCAUGAGGUGCCUAUACGGGAAAAUGAACUGGAAAAGGAAAAGUUGUGAUUGUUUUUAGUUAUUUAUAUUCUGAUGGUGUACAUUAUUGUAGAGAGAUGUAUGAUUUAUUGAUUAGAUAUAUGUAUUUUACAGA